AUGGCGAGCGCAAACGCGACUUCAUACGACCUUCCUCCGCUACCCGCCUACACACUUCGGCCUCUCCCGCCGCUGUACUCGUGGAUCUCUGAUGCAGUCAUAACAGCUGCGCUGCCGGUCAUCGGAUACUGGCUUGUGUCGUUGACAUUCCAUCUUAUCGACGUAUACGACCUGUUCCCUCAAUACCGCCUACACACACCAGCAGAAGUGCUCAAGCGCAACCAUGUUUCGCGAUACGAAGUCCUGCGCGAUGUCAUAUUCCAGCAAGUCAUCCAAGUCAUAUUCUCCCUUGGGCUAGCAGUCUUCGACGAAGAACCAACAACUGGAAAGGCCGACUACGACGUGGCCUGGUAUGCGCAGAAGAUCCGGCUAGCACAGCGCGCAGUACCCUACGCUCUGUCUACUAUUGGUUUGGAUCCCGUGGGAUUAGCUACAAAGCUCGCUGAGUCGCAGCCCGCGCUUUCAGCUGUAGUGAUGGGUGGCAGAUAUCCUGAGCUACUCCAGACGGUUGCUGUCGCAGGACAGCAGACACUAGUCCCUGCUUUUGCAUCAUGGGAGCUCUCUUUCGCCAGCUUCGUAUACUGGUUUGCCAUUCCAGCUUUCCAAUUUUCAGCAGCAAUUGUAAUUAUCGAUGCUUGGGAGUACAUGCUGCAUCGCGCCAUGCAUAUGAACAAGUGGCUAUAUGUCACUUUUCACUCACGCCAUCACCGUCUCUAUGUCCCGUACGCCUACGGAGCUCUCUACAACCACCCACUUGAGGGAUUUGCCCUGGACACGUUAGGCGCGGGUCUUGCGUAUCUGCUCACUGGAAUGACCAUGCGCCAGUCGAUGUGGUUCUUUACAGGGUCCACUAUCAAGACCGUGCUCGAUCACGGUGGCUAUGCUUUCCCGUGGGACCCCGUUCACUGGAUCUUCCCCAACAACGCUGCUUAUCAUGACAUCCACCACCAGAGUUGGGGCAUCAAGACCAAUUUUUCUCAGCCAUUCUUUGUUUACCUCGACCGACUUGGUGGAACCAUGUAUAAGGGCAAUGUGGAAGAGAAAUAUGAGCGGGCCCGACGCACCGCCCAGCAAAAGCUCGAUCAACAGAUUGAGAACGAGGCGAAGAUGGCAUCUGCCGAAAGUGCUACGGCAGUUGAGGAGCCCGUACGCCUUGCGGGCGUAGCGACCCCGCGCAUGUCGCGUAAGAAGGCGACAAGCAUCUCGUCCCCAGCGGGAAACUUCAAAGACCUAACGAAUAUGGUCAACUCAAACCUGCAUGGCCGGAGAGCAAAUGUGUUGGGCAUGGAGAGCUCACACUAA